AUGUUAUUUAGGUUUCUAUACCUUUUUAAUUUCUACUUUUUCCCACUUUCAUGUCUCUCUCAACAAUCACCCUCUAAUGCCCUCCUCCAACUCAAGAAAUCUUUUUCCAAAUCAGAUUCUUUAACCAAUUGGAAAGACGACGGUUCCAACCCUUGUGACCCUAAUAAUGUCUGGAUUGGUAUCAUUUGUGCAAAUGGUAUGGUUAGCAGCAUCAAUCUUUCUGGCAUGGGUCUUGAAGGACAACCUGAUAUUGGUGCCUUGGAGGUUAUUGAUGGUCUUAAAGCCAUCAGCCUAGAAAACAAUUCUUUCCUUGGCCCCAUGCCUCAAAUAAAUCGUCUUCGUUAUUUAAAAGCUUUCUAUGCUGGUACUAAUCAAUUUUCCGGCGUCAUACCUUCUGAUUUUUUCCAAACAUUGGGAUCUUUGAAGAAACUCUGGCUGCAACAUAACAAAUUUUCCGGCCAGAUUCCGAUAUCCGUUGGUGAAUUACCAAAUCUUAAGGAACUCCAUUUAGAGUACAAUGAAUUUUCCGGACCCAUUCCAGCAUUUUCGGACCCGGACAUCAUAACCAAUCUUGAUUUGUCCAAUAAUAAACUAGAAGGUGAAAUACCUAAGAGUUUGAACCAGUUUGAUGCCAAAGUGUUUGAAAACAACGCUGAUCUUUGUGGCCCACAACUCGAGAAAGAAUGCAAGGCAGAAGAUUCAACGCAACCAGAUGUAGAGCCGUCAGCAGGACCAAAAUCAUCGACAAAAUGGAUCAUAAUGAUCGUUGUUGUGGCCUUGUUAAUCUUGAUCAUUUUGGCUAAAGCAAAUCGAAUAGAAGAAGAUCAUGUGAGACCUUCAGGUAAGGAACCACGUGUUGAUGAAGCUAUUGUUAAUACCCCCACCACCGUCACACCCGCUGCCCCCACCACCGUCACCCCCGCUGCCCCCGCCACCAACAAUAGUAGCAACAACAACAACAACAAUAACAAUAACAACAACAACAACAAUAACAACAACAACAACAACAAUAAAGAUAACACUAAUAACAACACUAUGGUUAGCAGUGUGAAUGUUAAGGAAAAGAAAGAAGCACCAUCCCGUCCAUCUCAAAGGGGUGUGACCCUACCAGCAGGGGGGUCAAUGGGAGACCUAGUGAUGGUGAAUGAAGAGAGGGGAGUUUUUGGGUUACACGACUUGAUGAAGGCUGCAGCCGAGGUACUUGGAAAUGGAGGGUUAGGGUCUGCAUAUAAGGCAAUGCUUGGGAAUGGAGUGUCUGUUGUGGUGAAAAGGGUGAAAGAGAUGAACCAAAUGACCAAGGACGUGUUUGAUGCAGAGGUGAGGAAGCUAGCAAAAUUGAAGCACCAAAACAUAUUGACACCAUUGGCAUAUCAUUACAGGAAAGAAGAGAAGCUUUUGGUGUCAGAAUAUGUCCCAAGAGGCAGUUUGCUCUAUGUUUUACAUGGUGAUCGUGGGAAUUCCCAUGCAGAAUUAAAUUGGAGUAAUCGAUUAAAGAUCAUAAAAGGAGUUGCUCGAGGAAUGGGUUUCCUUCAUUCAGAAUUUGCAUCAUAUGAUUUGCCUCAUGGGAAUCUAAAGUCGAGCAAUGUGCUUAUUGGGAAUGACUACGAGCCACUUCUGAGUGAUUACGCUUUCUAUCCAUUGGUUAACCAAACCCCAACAGCACAAUGCAUGUUUGCAUUCAAAUCACCGGAGGCAAUGCUAAACCAGAAAAUAUCUGCAAAAAGCGACGUGUAUUGCAUGGGUAUCAUCAUCCUUGAAAUCAUGACAGGGAAAUACCCAUCCCAAUAUUUCAAUAACCAAAAGGGUGGGACAGACGUGGUGCAAUGGGUUCGAUCAGCGCUUGCUGAAAAGAGGGAAAAAGAGCUGAUUGAUCCAGAAAUAGCAUCGGGGGCAAGAGAGUCAGUUGGGGAGAUGGAGAAGCUUCUCCAUAUCGGAGCAGCCUGUACGGAAAGUGAUGUUGAGCAAAGAAUGGAGCUGAAUGAAGCAAUAAGAAAGAUAGAAGAGAUAAGUGUCUGA